AUGGCAGACUCAACUUCUACACCUACCGAAGUUCCCUCUUCUACAUCUACCCAAGUUCAACUUAGCACUUCUCUUGAUCCUUCUCAUCCAUUGUAUGUGCAUGCAUCAGAUAAUCCGGGAGUUACACUGGUAACUGUCCCUUUUUCUGGCAUUGGAUAUGUGUCUUGGAGAAAAAAUAUUCUUAUUGCUCUCUCUACUAAGAACAAGGCUGGGAUGAUUAAUGGAAGAAUCAACCAGCCGUCUCCUGACUCUCCUAUAUAUGAUCAUUGGCUAAGAUGCAAUGACAUGGUCUUUGCAUGGUUGAGUAAUUCAGUGUCUAGGGAUAUUGCUGACAGUGUUCUUUACUGUGAUACUGCAGGAGAUCUUUGGAAAGAUCUAGAGGAGAGAUAUGGUCAAUCUAAUGCCAGUAGGUACUACCAAAUUCAGAGAGAAAUUGGAGGAGUCUCUCAGGGUUCUAGUGACAUUGCUAGUUAUUACACUAGGUUAAGAAAAUUGUGGGAUGAGUUAAAAACUGCUUCAUUUGGACCAACUUGUACCUGUGGAGCAGAACCACAGUGCAGUUAA